CCAUUCUCAGGAUCCACCUAGAGUUUUUCAUUCAUCUGAAUAUUUGUGUUAGCAGUGUCUGUGCUCAACUAGACAUUAAAGGGCUUUGUUUCUUUAAUUUAGUUACCAUAUCCAACAUCAGGAAACUGUUUGUGUUAUACCAUUUUCACUAUGCAGGGGAUUUAUGGGCGCUGAUCCUGAUGCGGGUCAGCUAAUGGCCUUGCUCUUGAAGCUGUUGAAUGCUAAAAAGACCAUUGAAGUGGGAGUUUUUACAGGAUACUCUCUUCUCCUCACUGCACUAACCAUUCCAGAUGAUGGAAAGAUUAUAGCCCUGGAUCCAGAUAGAGAAGCUUAUGAGAUAGGACUACCAUUCAUUAAGAAGGCUGGUGUAGAGCACAAGAUCGACUUCAUUCAGUCCCCAGCUCUACCUGUUCUUGAUAAACUAUUAGAAGACGAUUCGAAUAAGGAUAGUUUUGACUUUGCCUUCGUUGAUGCUGAUAAAGAUAACUACUGGAAUUACCACGAGCGGCUUCUUAAACUGGUGAAGAUUGGUGGGUUAAUAAUCUAUGAUAAUACCCUCUGGGGUGGAACUGUUGCCUGGCCUGAAGAGGAUGUUCCAAUACCCAAAAGAAAAUACCGGCAGGCUGUUGUAGCUUUCAACAAAGCAAUUGCAGAUGAUUCUCGUGUUGAAAUUUCUGUUGUUUCAAUUGGUGAUGGCUUCACUAUUUGCUGGCGUGCUCAAUGAACACCGUUUCUGAAUGUUUCGUGCUCAAUGAACACUAUUUCCGAAUGUUCCGUGCUCAAUAAACACCAUUUCUGAAUGUUUUGUGCUAUGAUCCAAGUUAA